UUCAACAAAGCAGGCCUAGAGUUGCUUAGCAACUAACUAACAAAUAGCUAUUCAUAUCGCAUAGCACUUUUUCCGAAUCUGCCUGCAUAGCACAACAGCAAAUAUAAUUUUUAUAUAUUUAAAUUCAAGUUUGAGUUAAUCAUGGCUGCUGAUAAAAAGACGCAGGAAACCGAUGAGCUAAUGAAUCGUAUACGCAAUGAACUGACGGCCAUACUGUCUCAGGAGGCCACAAGUAACUCGGAAAGGGAGAAGACAAAUGAACUACUUUUGAGUCCCAAUCCGUUGCCAAUUUUUGGUUUCUCCAAGGAGAAUAAGAAGGCUAAAAACCCUUCAAGCGCCAUAAAAAGCCUGUCCUCCUCAGGCAGCGGAAAGAACUCCUUGGCAAGCAGCGGCAAGGACUCCUCCACCAACAGCAGCGAAAAGGAUCUUCCAGCAAAGAAGGGUGCCAAGCAAGUGGAACCAGAUGUAAAUUCCACAUCUACCAGUUCCUUGCCAAGAUCGGAAACAUCGGGCCAGUAUGAAGGUCCGCCCAAGGAUCCCAAACUUCGUGCCGAGUUCUUAGAAAGCCAGGCAGCCAAAAGCAUCGACGAUGACCUACAAAAGAUGCAGGUGGAGCUGAAACAGAGCUACGAACUCUUUCAGGGAAUCGGCGAGAAGUUCGAGUCGGUGAAUUUUUCUGGCUUAAAGACUCGCAUCAGGGACUUGCACCUGAACGAUAACAACAACGAGUUGGGCAAGGUGACGACCCACGAACUAAAGACUAUGUUUGAUACGCGUUUCCAGCAAAACCGCCUGGACAAGUUGACCUCUGAUGCCACGCAGGGGUUCAGCCGACAUCCAGGAGAGUUUGGGGAUAUCCCAGAGCUGAGUACGUUCUUCAAGGCAUGCACGCAGCUGGAGCGCGGCCUGGAUGCACUGCGUCAGCAACGUCGGCGUAACAGCGAACUGGAAAAGCGUCUGUGCUGGGCCACCGAGAUUGCUUACGAUCGUAUGGACGAAAUACGCAAUGCCAUGGGCUCCGAUCCGGAAAAGGACAUUUGAAGAGGAUACUUCAAAGAUUUUAGUAAUUGUUAAUCGAAAAAGUUCAUUCACACUAGCGCACAGGUGAAAUACAUGAGUAUAUAUGAAUGCAUAUGCAA